AUGGCACUGAACCCUCUGCCCCGUUCAUCGGAUUCGCCAAUCACAACGGGGAAGCGGAAUAUUGCCAUCGCAGAGAUUGUCAUAUACUCCCUCAUCCAUACUGCGCAGUUUAGCACAAGAUGCAUGCAAGAAUGGCGGCACUGGCACCACAACAAGAACAAGAGCAUCGGACGAUGUGUGUUCUAUUCUUGGUGGAGUAUGAUUGGUCUUCUCUCACAGAUUCGCAUCGCAGGUUCGGCCUUGGUGCUUGCCAGCUCACACCCGGAGAAGCCAAUACUCAUUGCUGAAUCCAUUUUGCAAAGCGUGGGCCUUUCGCCCCUCUUAUUGCGAUGUGGACAAUCUGGAGAAACUGGCCCUGGAAAUUCGAAAUGGACCAAGCUGACCCGGUUUGCUUUGCAUUUCUUCCGUUUCCCGAUUUUCAUCGCCAUCAUACUAGCAGUGGUAGGUGGAUGUAUCAACAUGCGCACAAUGGGAGAAGCUGGGUCCAUUGUUCUUGUUGUCACCUUCGCUUAUGUAUGUGGUCUUGUUGGUCGGCUUGCGGUAAAAUCGCGGUCGAUUCUUCCCAAGUCGGGACACCGUGCCGUACUUUUGACAGUUUUGACUCUACCCUUUUUGUUGGUUCGGAUCAUUUAUUUCCUAUUGUUGGAGUAUGGACCGCCCAAGUUCAACCCAGCCACUGGUGGUAUCGGCAUCUUGAUUGGAAUGGGGCUUCUGAUGGAGAUCAUCAUUGUCAUCUUGCUUUUGGCGGCACGCGCUGUGGCUGAACCGGUUUGGCCGUCGACCAUUUCUAAGCGUAUCGUAUACGAUGACUUGGAGUCGACACGGAAUUGA